GACAGUGUUUGCCAGUCUGCUGGCUGUCUUCGGGUUCUGUCAAAAUACGCGCAAUGCGACGGGCGCAGUUCGGUGUCGUUAAGCGUUGACGAAAACUAUGCUUUGCAGUGAAAUACGUGGGAUUCAGAGCCCCGAUGUAUACUCUACCCUACGCAAUUAGUGAUAAACAAGUCGAGCACAUAACCACGCAAUGCGUAAUGGGUAGAUGUUGACAGUGAAAGAGAGUCGUCCUAGAACCAAACAAUGGAUCAAUAUCUCGAGGAGGAGGGCAAAACGGCAACGAAUUACCCUUCUUCGUGCGUGACGUGUCUUGAGAAGGAGAAAACAGAGCGACGAUAAACACGCUCCCGGAUCUAUCGAACGUUUAACUGUAAUUCGCAACCAUCGACAUGGAGAAGUCAGACAAAACCCUGAAAAAACGCAGCGCCAGAUCCCUUGCGAUGGAUGGUGGGACACAGUGUGUUCAAGUCGUCGUACGAUGCAGACCAAUGGACGAAAAGGAGACAGCCAGAGGACACACCAGAGUUGUAGACGUCGUUCCAUCCCGAGGAGUAGUGGAGAUCCGAAAUCCCCGCGAAGAUCCGUCCAAGGAUAACGUCAAAGUGUUUACAUUUGAUGCCGUUUACGACUGGCACUCAAGACAGCAGGACUUGUACGAGGAAACUGUUCGGCCCUUGGUUUCUUCCGUAUUGGACGGUUUCAACGGGACAAUAUUUGCCUACGGGCAAACUGGAACAGGGAAAACUUUUACAAUGGAAGGCAUUAGGGCGGAUCCUGAACGGCGAGGAAUCAUCCCAAGGUCAUUCGAUCACAUUUUCAGCCACAUUAGUAGAACAGAAAAUAUGCAGUAUCUGGUUCGUGCGAGCUACCUGGAAAUUUAUCAAGAAGAAAUAAGGGACCUCUUGCAUCGUGAUCAAAGCCUGAGGUUCGAACUAAAGGAAAAACCAGACACCGGAGUUUUUGUAAAGGAUCUAUCAACUUCUGUGUGCAAAAGUGCAGCUGAAAUUCAACAACUGAUGAACAUGGGGAAUCAGAAUAGAACAAUCGGAGCUACCAACAUGAAUGAGCAUAGCUCCAGGUCUCAUGCAAUUUUUUUAAUAACCAUAGAAAUGGGGACCAUCGGAGACAGCGCUGGGAUCAGGGUUGGCAGACUAAAUUUAGUCGAUUUAGCAGGCAGCGAAAGACAAAGUAAGACUGGCGCGAGUGGCGAGAGAUUAAAGGAAGCUAGUAAAAUUAAUUUAAGUCUAUCCGCGCUCGGUAAUGUGAUCUCUGCGUUGGUUGAUGGUAAAACGACGCAUAUUCCGUAUCGGGACUCAAAACUCACGAGACUUUUGCAAGAUUCACUUGGGGGAAAUUCUAAGACUAUUAUGGUAGCUAAUAUAGGACCGGCAAGCUAUAACUAUGAUGAGAGUCUUACGACUUUACGAUACGCAAAUCGAGCAAAGAAUAUUAAAAAUAAACCGAGAAUCAACGAGGAUCCUAAAGAUGCUUUGUUGAGGCAAUAUCAAGAGGAAAUAAAUCGGCUUAAAGAAAAACUUGCACUGAAAGAAACAGUACAGCGUAAGAAGAGGAAAUCAAAGAAGAAGAAAGAAGAUGGAAGUCCGGAUUCAGAUUCUGAAACAGAAGACAGCAGAGAUGAUAAUAAAGUUACUGAAGCUGACAAGAAACUGAUUGCAGAACUUUUGAAAACUGAAAAACAGGAGACUGAAUUUUUAGUCCUCAGAAUAAAAGAUCUGGAAAGUAAAAUGCUUUGCGGUGGUAAAAAUAUUAUUGAUCACACAAACGAGCAGCAAAAAGCUCUCGAACAAAGAGCUAUAGAAAUUGCAGAGCGUAAAAAACGAGAAGUGGAAAUGCAGCAAAAGUUAGAAGAGGAGGAGGUCACUACCUCUGGCGUCAGAGAAACAUAUACAACUCUGCAGCAAGAAGUGGAUGUGAAAUCUAGAAAAUUGAGAAAAUGUUUUGCCAAGCUUCAAGCGCUGAAACAGGAACUGCACGACGUCACCGGAGAAUUCAACAGAGAUCGAAGGGAUCUAGAGGAAACGCAAAAUGAAUUAAUUAAGGAGUUGAAGCUAAAGUACCUCAUUAUCGAUAAUUUUAUUCCAGUUGAAGAGAAGCACAAAAUUCUCUCCAGAGUACGAUUUGACGAGGAUGAAGAUUGUUGGGUUGUAAAAGAGCCCGAACCUUCAAGCGUUGAUCUUAUAAAACGGCCCACAUCCGUCCCUGGUGCUCGCAGACCGAUAUCGGAAUAUGCAAAAAUUGCCCUUGCUAUGGGGAAAGGUCAUCGUUAUGCCGGAGAAAAUAUCUUGAACUUGGAAUUGGAUAUGCCGCCUAGAACAACGCUGGAUUAUCAGGGCCCGGUGAUAGCUCCAACGAUUCAAGCUGUUCUUGAAGAAGCGUUGCGUGACGAAGGUGACAUUGACGUAGAUGCUUCCGAUGCAAGACUCAGAUCUAAGCCACGCCUACAAUCGGCAAAAGUUCGUCCUAGAAGCGUUGUUAAUAAGGUUCAGCAGAUACCAACGCCAGUUUACCCUAAAACUAGAGGACUAGUACCCAAGUAGUUAAUGUGUCUUGACUUAAGUUGAAAAUUGAUAUUUUUUAUUUUCUGUAAAUAUGUACUAUCACGUUGUAUGCUUGUUUAAUUUAUUUCAUUGUUUGUGAUAUGGCCGUGGGUCUCCAUUCAAGGGAGAGACGGAAGAAUAACUUAGACUGAAUCCUUGUAACUCUCUAGUCAAUGUGCAAUGUCAGCCGCUUGCUAUAAAUAAUGAUUACCCAAACUGCUAAAAUAAAUCGCUAUAAUACCACAUGUUACUAUAUCUAAUUAUUCACUUCUUUCAUUCAUAUACCUAAAAAAAAAAAAACGCAUUCUCUUCAGUACAUGUUUUGUAACAUUUUGUUGAACCACGCCAAACUUUGUAAUUAUUUAAAGGAAUUUCGGAAAGAAUAGACUUUCACUUGUGGUUUUCUAUGAUUACUUCAGACAAAAACAUUUAUAUUGUAUUAUUGAUUCACUAAUGACUAGCUUCGUUUUCAACGAAAAAUUUUUUUACUAUCUAUGAUUAUUAUCCUCAGUAAUAUUAAUAUCGAACGUAGUAAAAUAAAGUCUGUACAGAGAAAAAUUAGACAUUCUUGAUGUACCAAAUUUUUAUUUAAUUUAAAUUGCAGAUUUAAUCUUCACUUGUUUCAAGUGAACAUACUUGUGGUUGUAAGAUCUGUCAGAGACGAGAUGUGUUUUACACCAAUGUGUACUUUCAAUGUCAACCUAAGGUAACUUGUAUUCAAACUGGUAAAAUUGAAUUCAGAAUCGUUAGUAUAUCGAAAAAUAAAGAAUAAUCAUAUUCUUAUUUUUGAGUAUCUAGACUUUUGUGGCCACUGUUAUUUACAAAAAGUAUUAUUCCUAUGAAUCCUGGAUACCUAUACUACGUACAUACAUGAUUUAAAUACACCCUGUGAAUAAAAAACAGUACAUUCUUUUUGUAAUGUGUAAUUAUUUUAUAACAACUUUAUAGAACUUUUGUUAAUCAUGAAAUUAGAAGGCAUAAAUUCAAAUGGACAAACGUGACUAAAUAAGGCAGAGAAAGAGUAAGGUUUCGAGCUUAUUUCCGUCACUAACAGUAAUUAAACUUUGAAACAAGCUACAUUGUUCACUUGUACUAAAAAUUGUUGAAUAAAUUGACGUCGAAAGAA